AUGCGCUCUACCCUGUUGGCCUCGGCCGCGGUGGCACUCACAGCAGUCAGCGCCAUUGACACCAUCUCCGUGAAGGGAGCCAAGUUCUUCACCGAGAGCGGCGACCAAUUCUACGUCAAGGGAAUCGCAUACCAGCUCGUCCCCGACGACCCGCUUGUUGACAACACGCAAUGCAAGCUCGACUCGAACCUCAUGAAGUCCAUUGGCACCAAUUCGAUCCGCGUUUACCACGUCGAUCCCUCCGCCAACCACGACGAUUGCAUGAAAACCUUCGCUGACGCCGGCAUAUACAUCUGGCUGGAUCUGGAUACCUUCGACACGCAGAUCGAGCAGACACACCCGCAAUGGAACCAGACACAGCUCGACCGCUUUGGCGCCGUCAUGGACGCCUUCCACCAAUACGAUAACCUGGCAGGGUUCUUCGUGGGCAACGAGGUGUUGACGACGGAUAAUGGCUCCGUUGCUGCCCCGUAUGUCAAAGCUGCGGCCCGCGACCUCAAGGCCUACCGUGACAAGAAGAAGUAUCGCAACAUACCGAUCGGUUACUCGGCCGCCGAUAUCGCAACACUUCGCCCCAUGUUGCAGAAUUACCUUGCUUGUGGCGAUAACACCUCCGAAGCACUCGACUUCUACUCCUUGAAUGCCUACUCUUGGUGCGGAGACUCUGGUUUCCAGCAGUCGGGCUACGCCGAUCUCAUCAAGAACGUGACGAACGUGGGCUACAACAUCCCCAUCUUCCUUUCAGAGACUGGUUGCAUCAAGCCACGCCCCCGCGACUGGGCCGACCAAGAGGCCAUCUUCGGCGACGACAUGGCCGAGCACUGGAGCGGUUCCAUCGUAUACGAGUGGAUCAACGAAGCCAAUGAAUACGGUAUCGUGAGCUACGGCGCAAAAGUAGACCCCGCUUCACCCGGCGCCCCUCCAGACGGCUACCCCCGCUCCGGCACGCCCUCCCCAUGUCCCCGAGUUCCCCAACCUCAGCUCCAGAUGGAAGACGCUCAACCCCACCGGCGUGAAGGCCUCGAACUACAAUCCUACGCUUACGCCGCCGCCUUGUCCCGCUUUCACGAGCGGCAUCUGGCAGGUUGA